AUGGAAAUGGAAGGCAACUGGACACUACUUACCAGUUUCGUCUUGGUGGGUUUCACAGAAGAUCCCCUCUUGCAGAUCUUCUUCUUUGUGCUGUUCCUGAUCUCAUAUACUCUAACACUGACUGGAAACCUUGGUCUCAUGACACUGAUCUACAUGGAUUCCCGUCUACACACACCCAUGUACUUCUUUGUGGGCAGCCUCUCCUUUCUGGACAUCUGGUAUUCCUCAGUCUACACUCCCAGAAUCUUGUCUGAUUGCGUAUCCAAGAACAAGGUCAUAUCCCUUGCUGGCUGUGCAGCCCAGUUCUUCUUCUCUGCUGGCUUGGCCUACAGCGAAUGUUUCUUGCUGGCCGUCAUGGCAUAUGACCGCUAUGUGGCCAUCUGCAAACCACUCCUCUAUGCCACCGCCAUGCCCAAGAAGCUCUGCAUCCAGAUGGUCAUAGGAUCUUUUGUAGCUGGCUUUGCCAAUGCUGUUAUGCACACAGGUAACACCUUCCGCCUACGCUUCUGUGGGAGUAACAUAAUCAACCACUACUUUUGCGAUGCUCCACCACUUGUGAAGAUGGCAUGUGACGAUACCCAGGUCUAUGAGCUCAUUUUGGCUACUGUCAUUGGUUGCAAUGUGCUGGCAACCACCAUGCUCAUCCUGGGCUCUUAUGUGGGCAUUGUGGCUGCCAUUGUACGCAUCCACUCAGCAGCAGGGCGGCACAAAGCCUUCUCCACAUGCUCUGCUCACCUCUUGUCAGUUUCCCUUUUCUAUGGCUCCAUCCUAUUCAUGUAUUCGCGACCUAGCUCCCAGCACACUCCAAACUGGGACAAGGCAAAUGCUUUGUUCUACACUGUCCUCAAUCCUUUGGUCAACCCCUUGAUUUAUAGCUUGCGCAACAAAGAUGUGAAGGAUGCUUUCAAGAAAGUGCUGGGGAGAGUCAUAGUAACAAAAUGA